AUGGCGACAGCUGUGGGCCAAGCGCUGACUCAACAGCUUUGGACAGAUCUCAAGCGCAAGGCGACUGACAUCAAGACAAUUGACAGUAUGUUCUCUAUCACAAAGGAUCCAACGGCAUUUUUCAACAAAUCUUUACUCCUUCACACGAAGCUUAUAGCUUUGCUGGCUGCAGUUGCCUGGCUACUUCCUAUACUCGCUGUUGUAACGCCUGCAACGCUGUCAGUGACGUUACAAAACGUCACCACAAUUCAGACCUUGAACGUCCCAGAUGUGAAUUGGAAUGCGUCCGCAUUCAUGGACGUGUUCGGACGAGAAGGUGACUUUACGCUUGUCUCUGUCCAGGUGAAACGGGCUAUCACGAUCAGUGCCUACUCUGUAGAGAUCCUGGCGAUCACUCCAUUAUUCCCGGACUACAGCUACUCCCUAAACUUCUUCGGGCCCUCCUUUCGAUGCCAAGACGUGAAUGCUCCAGGAGAACAAGCGUUAUUUGAAUCCAUUCGGCCAUCUAAUUACAACCAGACCAUUCAAAACGUGCUUAACAACAACGGGACGCCUUUUAUGGACACUUGGGAUUUUGCAAUGGACCUUCUCUACGUAGGAAUUAUCCCAUUUCCGAGCGCCUACAACUCAAUACUUCUUCUAACUCCUGAUGUUAACAUUUCCUGCACGUUGUGGAACACUUCAUAUGAUGUCAUAUUCGAUCUAUCACAAGGGGCCCAGACAAUACACGAGAGCAAGGUCAUCCCCCAAGAGCCUUACCGGUACGAUGAUAUUGACGACGAUUUUACUUAUGGAAUGGUAGGAAGCAUGGGCUUUGAGGCUGUUGCUGGAUCCAUGGCAUCCAUCCUAAAAGGCCACAUCGAGGUCGCUGACUCGAUGUGGCCUCAUUUUGGCGCAGGCGGAUCAAACGCCGACUUCACCAACAACACUGGGGUAUGGGAUCCCAUCUAUCACACCGGGUUGAUCUUCUGUCCAGAGCUGGGCGAGCACAUCGUCCAAAUCAAUAUCGAUGACCCAAGUAGCAUGCCCCAAACGCUUACUGCAACCAUGCCACGUUGGAUGUGUCGGGCUGGGUCGCUGGCGAGAGCAGUCGAAGAGUUGUCCCGAAAUAUCACUUAUAGCCUCUUCACUGUUCCAGAUGUUGUGGAAGAACGGCCUAUCCACGCGAAUAUAAGAUCCGCUCGAAACGAAUACUCCUACCGCAGCCGUUACCUACUUCUGAGCUACGGAAUCGGUAUACUCUUCACCAUCUCUGGGAUCGCCAUCGGGGGCUUCGCGUACCAUAGCAAUGGCUACAGCGCAAGCACCUCAUUCUCGACCAUCCUGCUGACGACGCGCAAGAAUCCGAAUCUGGACGAGCUAAGCGAAGGUCAGUGUCUAGGGAAGCAACCGUUGGCGGAGGAGAUCGGGCGGAUAAAGCUCAGGUUUGGUGUCCUCAGUCCCGCGGGGAGUAGCGGUGUUGAGAUUGGACACGCGGGUUUUGGACUAAUGGGUGAUACGCGGAGGUUGAGGAAGUACGAAUAUCUUAGGUAA